AUGCUGAUUGGUGAGGUAUACGAAUGUUUCAUUUGGGAGGUUGAGAGCUAUAUGUGGCGGGACAUCGGUUUUGAUAAGGACACAUGGAAUAACGUUUCUGAAGCCGAAAUGGUUGGCAUGUUCCAAUAUCUUUCAAGGUGGUUUGAUUUUGGAGCGAUUACAAAUGAUCGCAUCGCUCCAACUUAUUGGGUGAAACUGAACAAUUGGAUAUGUGCGUGGUAUAGAGGCCACAAAAAUAUUGCAAAAAACCAUUUGACUUGUUUUGUAGGGGAUGUGGAGGCAGCAAAAGCUCAAGCCCCUACGGGUAUGGAUAUGCAGCAUUGA